AUGGGUUCCAACCAGGACGAGCGGGGCAUCCGCAUCGCCAUAGAUCGCGGCGGCACGUUCACAGACUGCGUGGGCAACCUGGCGGGGGAGGACAUCGUGAUCAAGCUGCUGUCCGAGGACCCGGCCAACUACCAGGACGCGCCGCUCGAGGGCAUUCGGCGCAUCAUGUCGCACUUCCUCGGCCGCGACAUCCCCCGCGGCGAGCCCCUCGACACCUCAAAGAUCGACUCGAUCCGCAUGGGCACCACCGUCGCUACCAACGCCCUGCUCGAGAGGAAGGGCGAGACUAUCGCCAUGGUCGUCACAAAGGGCUUCAAGGACUGCCUUGUCAUCGGAAACCAGUCGCGCCCUAAGAUCUUUGACCUCGCCAUCCGCAAGCCCGACGUCUUGUACUCCGAAGUGGUGGAGAUCGACGAGAGGGUCACACUCGAGGACUACGCCGAGGACCCAAAUCGACAUGCGACCAAGUCGGAGGUCAAAGCUGGCACUGCGGAGGCGAAGAAGGCCGAUCUGGUCAUGGGCCUUUCGGGCGAGGCAGUUCGCAUACUACAACGGCCAGAGGAGGAGACAAUACGGAAACAGCUGAAGCAGAUAUACGACAAGGGUAUCAAGAGUAUAGCGGUUUGUCUAAUGCACGCAUACACGUUCCCAGACCACGAGGCGGCGGUUGGGAAGAUCGCCAGGGAGAUCGGGUUCCAGCAUGUAUCGCUGAGCUCCGAGCUCAUGCCCAUGAUCAAGCUGGUCUCGCGUGCAACGUCGGUCUGUGCCGAUGCUUACCUGACGCCGGCCAUCCGCAAAUACAUCGAUGGCUUCCAGAAGGGCUUCGAGGGCGGCCUCGGCACACAGAGCGUCAAGAACGAAUCUGGGAGCCGCGGUGCCCGCUGCGAGUUUAUGCAGAGCGACGGCGGGCUGGUCGAUGUCGAGAAGUUCACGGGCCUGAAGGCCAUAUUGUCUGGCCCUGCAGGUGGUGUGGUCGGCUAUGCGAUCACAUCCUACGACCCGGAGACCCGGAUCCCGGUCAUUGGAUUCGACAUGGGUGGUACGAGCACCGACGUCUCUAGGUACGGCGAGGGCCGAUACGACCACACAUUCGAGACGACAACGGCAGGGGUCACGAUCCAGUCCCCACAGUUGGACAUCAACACCGUGGCAGCUGGUGGUGGCUCAAGACUAUUCUUCAGGAACGGCCUGUUUGUGGUUGGCCCCGAAUCUGCCGGCGCGCAUCCUGGGCCAGCGUGCUACCGAAAGGGAGGUCCAGCUACAGUGACUGACGCCAACUUGUACCUUGGCAGGCUGUUGCCCGAAUUCUUCCCCAAGAUAUUCGGCAAGAAUGAGGAUGAGGGUCUGGACGUGGAGGCCAGCAAAAAGGUGCUCCAAGAGCUCGCAGAUCAGGUCAACAACGAGACAGGGAAGAAGAUGACUGUUGAUGAAGUCGCGUACGGUUUCUUGACCGUCGCCAACGAGAGCAUGACCCGUCCUAUCCGGUCAAUAACGGAAGCGAAGGGCCACGAUUCUUCAAAACACAGGCUGGCUACAUUCGGUGGAGCUGGUGGCCAACACGCUGUCGCCAUUGCAGAUGCUCUCGGCAUCAAACAAAUACUCAUACACAGAUAUUCUUCCGUGCUGUCAGCGUACGGCAUGGCAUUGGCGGACGUUGUUGAUGAACGACAAGAGCCGGACUCCGCGGUGUGGUCCGACGAUGGCAAGACAGUUGACGAACUCAAGGAAAAGAUGGAGAAGCUCAAAGAAAAGUCUCGUAAGGCACUUCAGGACCAGGGGUUCAGCGACAAAGAUAUUGUCUUCGAAGAGUACUUGAACAUGCGAUAUCGCGGCACAGAAUCGGCAUUGAUGAUCGUCAAGCCGAGCGAAGAGGACGCGAAAGAGCAUUUCGACGGCAAAGAAUGGGCAUUUGGCAAGGCGUUUGUGAAGCAUCAUCGAUACGAAUUUGGGUUCACUCUAGACGAUCGGGAUAUUAUUAUCGACGAUGUGCGAGUAAGAGGCAUCGGCAAGAGCUUUAGAUACGCUGAGGAGACAGUGGAUCAGCAACUCAAGAACCUGAAGAGACAAGAGGUCUCUGGGAAGAACAAGCACUCCAGCGCUCAAGUCUAUUUUGAAGAAGGGAGAUUAGAAACACCGAUUUACAAGCUUGGCGACAUCCAGGUCGGAGAUGUCGUUAAGGGUCCAGCCAUGCUGGCCGACGGAACUCAGACCAUUGUUGUGACGCCCAAGGCCGAGGCGGUGAUACUCCAGACGCACGUCAUCGUCAACAUCGACGCUGACACUGGCAAAGACGAGUCUCAAGAAAAGGACCAAUCAAAACGAGAAGUUGACCCCAUCGUGCUCAGCAUCUUCGGCCACAGGUUCAUGGCGAUUGCGGAGCAGAUGGGAAGGGCACUACAGAAGACAAGUGUCAGCACAAACGUGAAGGAGCGUCUCGACUUUUCAUGCGCUAUCUUCGACGCAACCGGAGGACUGGUCGCUAAUGCUCCUCACCUUCCAGUACAUUUGGGAUCCAUGGGGACAUGUGUGAAGCGGCAAGCCGAGAUAUGGAAGGGCGAGUUGAAGAAGGGCGAUGUGAUCAUUUCCAACCACCCUUCUUAUGGCGGGACGCAUCUACCGGACGUAACGCUUACCAUGCCAGCCUUCGACGAGAAGGGGGAGAAUAUUCUUUUCUACGCAGCAUCGAGAGCCCAUCAUGCUGACAUCGGCGGCAUCACCGCCGGCAGUAUGCCACCGCAUUCACGCGAGUUGUUUCAAGAGGGAGCGGCCAUCAAGAGCGAGAAGCUCGUCAGCGAGGGCAAGUUUAACGAGGAGAGGGUCGUGGAGCUGUUCUACAAUGAGCCCGCCAAGUAUCCUGGAUGCAGCGGCACUCGUUGCCUGGCUGACAACAUCAAUGACCUGCGAGCGCAGGUAUCUGCCAAUCAGAAAGGAAUCUCGCUGAUCGAGAACUUGAUUCAAGAGUAUGGCGAGGAUACAGUGAUGUUCUACAUGAAGAACAUCCAGGAUAAUGCCGAGUCGUGCGUGCGAAGGCUACUCAAGGAUGUUAGCAAGAAGUUUGAGGGCAAGGACCUGUCCGCUGUGGACUUUAUGGAUGACGGUAGCCCGAUCAAGUUGAAAGUUACUAUUGAUCCCGACAAAGGCGAAGCAGUGUUUGACUUCGAGGGCACCGGGCCAGAGGUUUACGGCAAUGUCAACGCCCCGGAGGCCGUGAGCUACAGUGCCAUCAUCUACUGCCUACGCUGCCUCAUCUCCGAAGACAUCCCCCUCAAUCAAGGCUGCCUCAAGCCAAUCCACGUCAAGAUCCCACCCAAGUCCCUCCUCUCACCCUCAGACCACGCCGCCGUAGUAGGUGGCAACGUCCUAACCAGCCAGCGCGUGACAGACGUCAUCUUCAAGGCCUUCCAGGCCUGCGCUGCCUCGCAGGGCGACUGCAACAAUUUGACGUUCGGCUUCGGCGGCAACGCGGCGGGCCAGGACGCGGUCAAGGGCUUCGGCUACUACGAGACCAUCGCGGGCGGGUCCGGCGCCGGCCCUAACUGGGACGGCACCAGCGGCGUGCACACCCACAUGACCAACACGCGCAUCACCGACAGCGAGGUCUUUGAGCGCCGCUACCCCGUCCUGCUGCGCGAGUUCAGCAUCCGGCACGGGUCCGGCGGCGAGGGCCAGCAUCGCGGGGGUGAUGGUGUGGUCCGGGAUAUUGAGUUCCGCAUCCCUGUGCAGGUGUCUAUCCUCUCUGAGAGGAGGGUGUAUCAUCCAUAUGGCCUUGCUGGCGGUGGGGAUGCUGCUUGCGGGCUGAAUGUCUGGGUGCGCAAGGUCGAGAAGGCUAGCUGGGAGAAGCAGUUACGGCGGCUCAAGUCUGGCGGCGACGGCAAUGAUGUGAAAGAGGAUGACAUUGAGUAUGAGGAGAGGCAUAUCAACCUCGGGGCUAAGAACAGUGCGCCUAUGAAGGCUGGGGAUAGGAUCAUCAUCAACACUCCUGGCGGUGGUGGAUGGGGCAAGGUUGGAGAGGCGAAGAAGCACAGGGCGGUCGAGGAUCACACGCAGUCAUGGCGGAAGGGAAGCCAUGCUGCGAGGGAGGAUGCUGCGUUGCAGGUCUGA